GCUGAAAAAAAAAAAGUGAAGCUCGAAAAAAAAGUUCCAUCAAUGGAAGAAGCAAGAAAUCUUGGUGGUUCAAAUUUGAAAGCUCCUAGCGUUCAAGAACUGGCAAAACGACAACUAGCAAGUGUUCCACCGCGAUAUGUUUAUGAUGAUAUAGAAAAGAUAUCAUAUAAUUCUUCCAUGUUAUUGCCUCAACUUCCAGUUAUUGACAUGGAAAAACUGCUCUCAAAUGUUGGAGAUGGUCAUGAUGGUGAUUUAGAGCUUGAGAGGCUUCAUUUUGCUUGCAAAGAAUGGGGAUUUUUCCAGGUAGUGAAUCAUGGUGUGAGUUCAUCGUUCAUGGAGAAACUGAAGUCAGAAAUCCGAGCAUUUUUCGAUCUACCAUUGGAAGAGAAGAAGAAGUUUGAGCACCAAAAAGGGAAUAUUGAAGGAUUCGGUCAUGACAUGGUUUUUUCUGAAGAACAAAAGUUAGUCUGGUCUGACUUGUUUUACAUGACCACUCUCCCUGUCAGUUUGAGAAAACCUUACUUAUUUCCUAAGCUUCCUGCCUCACUUAGGGACACCUUGGAAGAACAAAGCAAACUAUUCAAUAGCCUAGCAAUAAGCAUCCUGUGUAAAUUGGCAAAGACUUUAAGGAUGGAUGAAAAGGAAAUGGGUGAUCUAUACAGUGAUGGUGUGCAGAUAAUAAGGAUGAAUUAUUAUCCUCCAUGCCCUGAACCAGACAGAACAUUUGGCGUAACCCCUCAUUCUGAUACUGAUGCACUCACUAUCCUUGUCCACUUGAAUGAAACUGAAGGUCUCCAAAUCCGAAAAGACGAUAUCUGGGUGCCAGUAAAGCCACUCCCAAAUGCUUUGACUGUGAAUAUUGGCGAUAUGAUGGAGAUAUUGAGCAAUGGUGUUUACAGAAGUAUUGAGCACAGAGCAAUUGUAAACUCAGACAAAGAGAGGCUAUCUCUUGCAACAUUCUAUACCUUUAAAAUGGACUGUGAAUUGGGACCUGCACGCAGCCUCGUUGGACCAGAUAAUCCUCCAAUUUUCCGAAGAGAUCGCUUAGGAAAAUCUAUGGAGGCUUUUACUAGAAGACAAUUUAUUGGAAAAUCGUUCAUUGAUCUCAUGAAGGUAGAGUCUAAGGAUGAAGAAUCCUAGGUAGCAUUUGAUACUCUACACGGUUUGAGAAUAGUUAUUUAAAUGACUGCCUCUGUGUUAUGUUGAAAUUUCAUUCCUUGUUUCGAAAAAUAUGUCUUUAUCUGACUUUGUAUUUCCAACUAUUUUUAUGUUUCAAACGGUGCACUAAAGCUCUUGCUGUGAAUUCUGAGCUGCAGAAGCUUCACGCUGCUUGCCAAUUCUUUGAAUGUGAAUGAAGCUAUCUGUUUUUUUUUCUACAACAUCAUGUUACCAGCUUUCAUCCUAUUAUU